GGGAUCCCAUUUUGCACGGAUUCGAAAGUGGGUUGCGAUAGAGUAUGGGCAUGGCUGAGACAGUACCUACCUAGACCUGUGGCUGAAGUAGUCUAACUCCUUUAGGUAACGCAGAUUUCCCCGCGUGAGGAACCCGGACAACAGACACGCAGAAAGUGUACCACAAGUUGGGAGAUCACCACAGGUCAGAAACCUUGAAGAGUGUCGUCAUUCAGUUCACCAGAAAUAGGAAUCAAAUCAGUAGUUAGCGCCACUUUCGACGAACAUCACUGGUGUCAUGGAGGAAGAGCUGAAAUCUGUACAGCCGACUUGCAAUGUACUUCAAAAACCGCCAGUAUCAGCACCAAAAGCCAUAGCAACACUCGAAGAACUGAACUCAGAUGCUGCCAAAAAGGUUUACAGAAACCGACUUGCGAGCAGCGAGCUCCGUCUGAUCAAGAUUCACCCUGGAGACGGGCCGAGUACAGUUACAUGCUCGAGCUUCAGUGUCCAAGAAGGAGACUUACCAGACUAUGAGGCUUUGUCAUAUGUCUGGGGCGGUCAAGAUACAACCAAAACCAUACUUCUUGACGACGUCACUUGGCAUGUCACGCCAAACUUGCAUUCCGCUCUUUCGCACCUUCGCUUCUCGGAUCGCUUUCGCGUUGUUUGGAUCGACGCUCUAGCAAUCAAUCAGACUGACUUACAAGAGCGCAAUGAACAAGUCAAGAAGAUGUCUGCUGUCUAUGCAAACGCAACAUCAACGCUGAUCUGGUUGGGUGAGGCAACGGACGACCUAAUACUUGUCACCUUCGAGCUCUUAAAGUCAUAUUCUGAGCUCACAGAGACUGACCGGCGCAUGUGGCGAACAGGAUUCACUACACGAGACAUCAGUUUCAAAAGCGGCAUUGUGAGCAUGAUGAAUCGCAUCUUUAAGCUAGAAUACUGGCAGAGAAUCUGGGUCGUUCAGGAGAUCCUUUUCUCUGAUCAAGCGUUUCUAAUGUAUGGUCAACAUACUAUUGGCUACGAUGACUUCUUCGCUUGUAUGCGAGAAAUCAGCGCUGUCUGCGCAAAGUCGCCUGAGGAAUUGGAAGCCAUACCGCAGAGAUCGAUAGAUUCGGGAACCUGGUCAUUGGCCGCUCUGGCGCAUUCAACAAAUUUGAUGAUUUCUGAAGUCAUACCAGCUCGCGGGGCGGCAAGGCAUGGUAAACACCUGAGCUUGCGACAGUGGCGAACGGCACAGCUGAAGCGAUCUAUGGAUCGAAGAGACAAGGUUUUUGGCUACUACGGUUGUUUCCAUCCGUCAAUUCGACAGCAAAUCCAGGUGGACUACUCAAAGACAUUAUCAGAAGUCAUCACUCUUAUGAUGCGCCUACUAUUAAAAGAAGAAGGAUUGAACAUGCUUCUCGGUCCCCGAAUGGUUUACGACCCCAAGUACAGAAUACCCUCGUGGGCUUGGUCGUUGAUGGAACCGACGACGGUACCCAGCAGGACUCUUGGUACUCUUAGUGCCAUAGAGGACAAAAGUCCAGGGGACUGGUGCGCUGGAGGGUCUCUUCCAAGCGUCCUUGACUUUUCUGAAGAUGGUACAGUGCUUCAUGUCAGAGGAAAGACGGUCGCGACCAUUGAAGCUACGGCACCAUCAUUUUCUUCUCCCCCUCGCAACGUUGGCAAUGACCUCUUCGUCUUGGAUAACUCCUUGGCGGAUCUAGACUUCAAGACUUUGAUGGAACAUUUCAGAUUGACAUGGCAGUCGUUCAGUUUGCUACCAGACUUUCCGAGUACGCUUGGAUUCAUCACCGCGUUCUGGCUACAACCAAGCGGACCAACGCUUUCGGAACUGGCGCGCUGGCUGUGCGCUGGUGGUAGUGGGAGCUUGGGAACCAGCCAGACGGACUAUAACCCUCAUCUGAUUGACAGCCUUGUGUCCCUCCACUUCCACCGGCGUAUGUUCUAUUUCAUGCCGGCGACGAUGAAACCAAGCACGGAUCCCGAAGUCCGGCACUUUCAAGGACAAAUUCAUGGAGAAAGUGGAUUAGGUCCGGAAGAUGUUGCGCCCGGAGACAAGCUUUGUGUGCUUCGAGGAUGCACGGUUCCUGUCGUGCUGCGGCAAGAAGGUGAUCAGUACAUUCUGCUCGGAGAAGCGUAUGUUCCUCGGAUCAUGCGUGGUGAGGCUAUUCGGGCAGCUGAAGCUGGCGAAGAAGAAUAUGAGGACUUUUGGAUAAUAUGACGAUAACUAAACGGUUGCUUGUAUGAGUUUUGCUACGGCUUCUAAGGUAUUAAGAGCAUUCUUGUACUGGAACGUUGGACUCACCUGGGCACCUGACAAAGCACCAAAGUCCCGGCCCCAAUAGUUAUUCUGGA